CAUGGUCAUCCUUGUGAGAAAGCGUGUUUUCUUAUCUAUGGUUGAAAAAUACUUGAACAAAUGAACUAUUUUUUUUAAUCAUAAGAACUAAUGAACAAUAACAAUCGAACCUCAAUUUUAAACAGAGUUUUAAAUAGUAAACAAAAUAUUUGAAGUUUAUUCAAGAUUUCUUCAGAAAAGAGACGAUUUAUAAUGAAUUUAGAAGUAGAAUUAUUAACAGAUUUAUGUGGCUUGCCAGCAGAGCCGCCUAAAAUGCGUGAACUAUGUAAUCAGUGCCAGCGACCCAAAUCAGUUUGUUACUGUUCCUCCAUCCCAAAUCCGCCUUUGUGCCCGAAAAGUAGGAUUAUAUUGCUGCAACACCCCGCCGAAGAAAAAAGAUGCCUCAGAACGGCCCCAAUGUUGGAGUUGGGUUUAAGUGAAGGCAAGUGCCUUAUUUUUAAAGGAAAACGUUUUCCAGGCAUUCAUAGCGGCUUGGAAGAAAUUUUGAAAGAUCCAAGCACAUUACUGCUAUAUCCCAGUCCAAGUGCAAUUGAUAUUUCCUCUGUAGUUAAGGAACAAACUUUGGUGAAAUCUUAUAAUUUAGUUAUAUUAGAUGGAACGUGGCCCCAAGCUAAAGCCAUAUAUACAGCUAGUCCAAUUUUACAUGACUUAAAACAAAUCAAGCUUUUAAACAAUAACACUAGUAAUUACAUUAUUCGGACACAACCUGCUGAUGGAUGUUUAAGCACAUUGGAAACAGGAGCUUUAUGUUUAAGCAUCCUUGAACAGAAUGAAAUGUUCAGUGAAAAAUUGCUACAGCCAUUAAAACUAAUGUGUGAAUUUCAAUUAAGAAAUGGUGCAGUCUCCCAUCAAAGUAAAGAGUUUUUAAUAAAAAAUAACAGUUAUCCAAAAUUAAUUGGUAAAAGACUGAAUAAAGUUUUAAAAAAUGCUGAAAGUUUAAAAUAUGAUAUUACAUAACUAUAUUGUUAUUUAAAAAUUGUGUACCUAUAUUAUAAAUAUUAAAUA